UAUCCCCUCCCUCUGUGUCUCAGUUCUGCAGUAAACGGGGCUGAGGCACAUUCCUGCUUUGCAAGGCUUUCUGUUAAGGAUGGUUUGUGGCUUUUGUUUGGAUUGCAGCAUGCAGAAUUACAGCUGUUCAGAGGAGACUCAUUACUGCUGAAGCUCCUAACCCUCCUCCUCUACCCCUACCCCUACCCCUACCCUUUACUGGCCUGAAGACACUGUGCCCAGAUUUUGCCUUGCUCCCCUGGCGCUAUGUGUAUGGUAAACUUGACACUAUGGCCGUGUCUGGGACUGGCCAUCCAACUGCUGCUGACUCUCCCUCUUCCAAGGAAGUAAAGGGGGAUUGCGCUGCAGGCAAUGCACCAGGGCAGCAGCCUUGCGAGUCUGGGCGCUAUUACAAACACACAGAGCUGACCGCAAUGUCAGCAGCUGCUCCUUUGAACUGUUGGCAGCAGCCACGCGGCAGCAUGAAGUGAGAGAUCACUCCCGAGCUCAAGAUGAACUCCACCUUGGAUGGUAAUCAGAGCAGCCACCCUUUUUGCCUCUUGGCAUUUGGCUAUUUGGAAACUGUUCAUUUUUGCCUUUUGGAAGUGUUGGUUAUUGUCUUUCUGACUGUAUUGAUUAUUACUGGCAACAUUGUUGUGAUUUUUGUGUUUCACUGUGCACCUUUGCUAAACCACCACACUACAAGUUAUUUUAUCCAGACUAUGGCGUAUGCCGACCUCUUGGUUGGGGUCAGCUGCCUGGUCCCUUCUCUAUCACUCCUCCAGUACCCGCUUCCGGUGGAGGAGUCCUGGACAUGCCAGGUGUUUGGCUUUGUCGUGUCAGUCCUGAAGAGCGUCUCCAUGACCUCCCUGGCCUGUAUCAGCAUCGAUAGAUACAUUGCCAUCACCAAACCGUUAACCUAUAACACCCUGGUCACACCCUGGAGACUACGCCUGUGUAUUUUCCUGAUUUGGCUGUAUUCCGCCCUGGUCUUCCUGCCUGCCUUUUUCCACUGGGGCAAACCUGGAUAUCAUGGAGACGUGUUUCGGUGGUGUGCGGAGGCCUGGCACACCGACCCCUACUUCACCCUGUUCAUCGUCAUGAUGUCAUAUGCCCCCGCAGCCCUCAUUGUCUGCUUCACCUACUUCAACAUCUUCCGCAUCUGUCAACAGCACACAAAGGAAAUCAGCGAAAGGCAAGCCCGGUUCAACAGCCAGAGUGAGGAGACUGGGGAGGUGCAGGCCUGUCCCGACAAGCGCUACGCCAUGGUCCUGUUCCGGAUCACUAGCGUGUUUUACAUCCUCUGGUUGCCUUACAUCAUCUACUUCUUGUUGGAGAGCUCCACUGGCCACAGCAACCGCUUCGCGUCCUUCUUGACCACCUGGCUUGCUAUUAGUAACAGCUUCUGCAACUGUGUCAUUUAUAGUCUCUCCAACAGCGUCUUCCAAAGGGGACUGAAACGCCUCUCGGGGGCCAUGUGUACUUCUUGUGCAAGUCAGACCAUAGCUAAGGACCCUUACACAGUUAGGAGCAAAGGCCCCCUUAAUGGCUGCCAUGUCUAAAGUGGUUUAGAUAGUGGGUCAGAGAGAGAGAGAGAGAGAGAGAGAGAGAGAGAGAGAGAGAAAGAGAAAUGUGCUUCCUUUUUAUCUCUUUGUAUUCCUGUUCACUAGGAAAUCGGGAAUAAAAUAAUUAACUCUAAGCAAUAGCAAACAAAUGACCCAUCCAAAAAGCCUUCUAAGUUUGCAGAAAUUAUUUAAGAAGUGCUUUUGAAUCAGAAGAAUCAGGACCAUGAAGAUAAAUUACUCUUGGUUCCAAUUUUUGUAAUGUCAUGGAAAUGACUACAGUUCUCAGAUUUAAAAUGAAUAAAGCCAUAUCCAACACCUCUCUCCAGCUGGCAUGACUGAACCUGGGUGUGAAAAGCGUCAGCAUUUUAAAAAGUCAUCGUUGUCUUGUUGCUUUUCUGGGUUCUUUCCAGUUGUGUGGGCUUCAUAUACAAUUGAUUUCUUUUAACAGGGAAUAUUAAAAUACAGUAAUGAAUUAACAGAGUUUUAAAAUUUUGUUUAUGUGUGCCAAAGUGUAACUAUACUGCAAGUUUCCACACUGUCAUUUAGGAAACCAAAUGUUUUAUGUCGUAUUCUCUUGAGAGAAGUCUCAAGACAGUGAAUAAUGUGGACACUUCAACAUUAAUUUUAGAAUUUUGCAGUGAACCAUGAUGCAAAAGUACAGUCAAAUAUUAGACAAUUUUUGAAAAGCCGAGCUACUUUUUGUGCUAUGGUUCACAGAAAUUUAAAGAAAUGUGUGCGUUAGAAAGUGAUUCUGUUGCAGUAUUUUUACCCAUGCGUUUGUGUAUGUGCGUGUUGAGAAUACUUGAAAUGAGUUAGAUUUCUCUUUUAUAGCAAAAUGUACACUUAACUAGUUCAUUUUUAAAAUAGGGAUUAAAUGUUCUCUUGUGGUUAAAUGGAAUCAACUAAUAAGAUAGGAGCUAAUUUUUAAAAGCAUUCUUUUAGUUAGUGUUAAGGAAUUCACAUUUGGACAAGAAAAGGAGAAAUUCUAAUUUAUCUGUGUCUCUAUUAUUGCUAUUCUCUUUCAGGAAAAAAUCCUUUGGGAUACAGUUCUUUCCUUAAUAGUUUUGUUUUUUCCAAAGUACUAGCAAAAUCUAUAGGAUUUCGUUAUUUAUAGAAUUAUUGAGAAUGCUGUGUAUUUGUAGUAGUGAUGUUUUGUUCUUAAAAGCGUCUAUCUUUUGAGCAAGAGGUUUAUUUUUCUAAAAGGAGAGGAUUUCUCAGCAGCUUCAGGCAUGAGAGUAUUUCCUCUACUUUUAUACUGGUUUUAAUGUUUUGAAAGCCUUCAGGGGACUUAACGUGGUCUCUGCCUUUGGCUAAAUGUUGUAAUCUGAAUGAGACAGUGAUGUUCAGUGAGAUGGAAGACACCAGGGAUGAGGGUGAAAGUGGACUUUUUAGUCCAAGAAAAAGGACGUGGGUAUUUAUAAAAUAGGCAGAUAUGCUUUGGUUUUCCGUCACGAUAUUAGAAAACUUCCUGCCCCUUUUAAAAUAAAGGGCAGCUUUAUGAUUUUAGGUUUGAGAUAUCAAUUUGAUUUUUAACCUCAAAUGUGUUCUAUUUAAACUUUUUUAAGUGAUAAGUAAUAUAUAAAAUUUACAUGUAAGAUUCUGAGUUCUUCCCCAAAACUUGCUUGCUCUUUACAUUUAGUACUAGAAAAUUUGAUUCUAAACUGUUUCAAAAUUUAGAAUUCAUUUUGAAAUUGCAAAUUAUGUUAGCAAUGUUUGUAAUUGCUAUUACAAGUGGGAAACCUUUUCUGUUGGAUUCUGAAAAAAACAAUUGUACACAUUUCCCUUUUAUUUAAAGGGCAAAAAAAGUGUUUCAUGUAUGUUGGAGAAUGUAACCUGUUCAAAUUUGCAGUUUGCUUGAGAAUUUUUAGUUCAGCAAAUAUGGGAAUCUUAAACAUUUCAUUUUAAUAGAAAAUUGGUGUUAAAUCAGUAGAUUUUACUUUUGGAAGGCUGAACCCCUUUAAUUUUUUCCUCCAGUAGAGUUCCAUCUUGUGAAAAUAGAAAAGAGAAAAUUUCUGUUGAAUUUUUUGGAAAUGGCUAAUCAAGCUGAUCAGUAGUAAGUAGAAAGACAGUUCUUUUAAUAAGAACUUUUGUUAAUAGAUUUCUACAUUUUUGUCCUAAUACCAAGUUUAGAUGUCAUUAAAUGUAUUUUUUUCAUGUUAGAAUCUCUUAUCAGUGACCCAGUCUAAACCUGAAGUAGAAACUAAGUAGAUACAGUAAUUUAAAGAAAAAUAAAGUCCCCCAACCCCUUGCCUGCUGAUACUUGCUUAAUAUCAGAUGUCUUUCCAGUUUAUCUUGUUUUCAUCGGACUGUAUAAACUCCUAAGAUUUCUUCCAGGUAUCAAUUCUCUUCUCACAUUCAUUGUAUUGCUGUGUGUGUGUGUGUGUGUGUGUGUGUGUGUGUGCGCGCGCGCGCGCGCGCGCGCGCACGCGUGCAUGUUGGGGAAAAGGGGACAUUCUUGGAUGCAUUUGCAUCCAAGAAUGCAGUCUUCUGUGGCUGGGGCAGUUUCUAUGUGAUGCAUGUGGAGAGUUUGUAUUUAAGUAACCUUUUCGUCCUGGCAUAUUUAAUGCAACAUUUGAUGACUGUUUGGGUUAAAUACCAAUCUAACUAGUUCAGAAUGAGAAAAAAGUAUAUUUUUAGAUUCAAUUACUUUGGGCUUUGGCAAGACGGCACAUUUAACUUUAUAUGGUAUAUGACUGAUAUUAGAGGAAGCAUAAGAUUUUGGUGAUUGUGGUGAAAUUGUUUCAUAGUACAUUUUAACAUAAGACUAAUACUAAUUGUUAUAUUUAUAAAUUAGUUGUGUUUUUAUACAAUGAUUUAUUUCAGUGGAGGUGUAUUUUUUUUAAUUAUUAUUAUUAGCAGAAAAGCAAUUAACAAAAGGACAAGUGCUCCACUUUAAUGAAAGAACUAUCUUCCACCUGAGUGGAUAUUUGAGUUUUUCACGGACCUGUUGACUCACCCUAAAUUCCAUUUUGGAAAGGGUUUUCUUUAAACUUUAUUGCUGGAUGGAUUCAUUUUUGAGCCUUUCUAAAUGGCUUUUCCUUUUUACUUGAAUAAUUUUUUAAGGAUAUUAAGGAUUGGGAAAACUUGAAUUUUUGUCCUAUAAAUGCGUUGUCCACCUCUUUGAACUUGAAAAUAAAGCAACUGGGUUAUAGACACUCAGGUAAUAGAGUGGUUUCUGGGAGCUUUCUGAGUUUUUCAGGUUUGACUUAAAAAUCUGCACAGUGGUUUUGUAGGAAAUGUUAUAAUUUCACUGACUGUCUUUGUAUCAUAAAAGAUUUGUUAAAUAAAUUAUUGGCAAACCAGAAUUUAUUGUUAUAUGAGCAGUUUGGGGGCAUUUUAAGGAUGGAAGAAUUGUGGCACUAUGAGAUUUUUGAAAGUCUUCAUAAAUCAGUUUAUGUGUUGAUUUUUGCAUAAUUUUUUCUGUUUCCAGG